CAAAAGAAAAAAAACACAUUUUAAGGAGACGAAUAGUGACCGAAGUCUAGGACAGGCUGGCACAGAACACGGUACCAAAUCUUAAACAGGUAUAGGAUCAAGAUAAUGUCUUCUAGAUAAACACUGCAGUAAGUUAGGAAGUGUCUGAAGUAGGCAAAGUUGUAAUAUAUAUAGAUAGAUAUCGCAUCUGUACAUCAAUCUAGAAAGAGAAAUUUAAACACAAAUUUAGUAAUGGAUGGAAAUCAUCAGAGUCCCACACGAUUUCAUGUUAACAGAGUGACCGACAACCAUGACACAAAUGCAGCUUUUCAAGAAACCAGUGAUGCCCCUCCACAUUAUGAAGAAACUUCAUUUGCAGAUGGAAGAAGUGUGCACAGGAUAAGUUUCAGACCUGAUGAAAGAGCUGUAUACAACAGCAUCAUUCACAAUGAGGGUGGAUUCCAUCCUUAUGACACCAUUUCCAAUCCCUAUUAUCUGCAAACAUUUGGUCACAACACCAUGGACCCAGUGCCCAGGAUUGAUUUCUACAGGAACACAGGCAGUGUCAGUGGAGACAAAAUCACCAGGCCGACCCUGGAAGAUCUUCAUGAAGUAUUCAAAAAAAAUGUCGCAGCUGCAGCCCCAGGUUGUCCAGAUGGGGCAGCCAACAGGGAUGGAGAGCCUGCUGAUGAAGAAGCAGCAAAGAAGGAAGAAACCCAAGGAGGAUUUGUGAAGUUCGGCUGGGUGAAGGGGGUGUUGGUAAGAUGUAUGCUGAACAUCUGGGGAGUGAUGCUCUUUAUUCGUCUCUCAUGGAUUUUCGGCCAAGCUGGUAUAGGUCUGGGAGUCAUCGCCAUUGGCUUAAGCGUGGUAGUCACUACCCUAACAGGUUUAUCUAUGUCUGCUAUUUGCACCAAUGGAGUUGUCAGAGGAGGCGGUGCUUAUUAUCUCAUAUCCAGAAGUUUAGGACCAGAGUUUGGUGGGUCUAUAGGUCUGAUUUUUGCAUUUGCAAAUGCAGUGGCUGUAGCCAUGUAUGUCGUGGGGUUCGCUGAAACUGUUGUGGACCUUCUUAAAGAGAGUGAUGCAUUGAUGGUGGACGUGACAAAUGAUAUCAGAAUCGUUGGAUGCAUUACAGUGGUGUUGCUGCUUGGGAUCUCUUUAGCUGGAAUGGAAUGGGAGGCAAAGGCUCAGGUCCUUCUACUGGUAAUUCUGCUAGUGGCUAUUUUUAACUUCUUCGUUGGAUCAGUCAUCCCCACCAACGAAGAAAAGAAAGCCAGAGGAUUUUAUAAUUAUGACGGUGCUAUAUUUGCAGAAAACUUUGGACCCGACUUUAGAGAUGGAGAAGGCUUCUUUUCUGUUUUUGCCAUCUUCUUCCCAGCAGCUACAGGCAUUCUUGCUGGAGCCAACAUCUCUGGUGAUCUAGAGGAUCCACAAGUCGCUAUCCCCAAAGGAACAAUGUUGGCUAUUUUCAUAACAACCAUUACCUACCUUGCUGUUGGGAUUUGCGUAUCUGCCACUGUUGUGCGAGAUGCAACUGGCAGUCUUAAUGACACCAUCACCCCUGGGAUGGCCUGUAAUGGAUCAGCAGCCUGUUCUCUGGGAUACGACUUCUCAUCUUGCAAGACUGAACAUUGUGACUUUGGUCUAAUGAACAACUUCCAGGUGAUGAGCAUGGUGUCUGGAUUUGGUCCUCUUAUAACUGCAGGGAUUUUUUCCGCCACCCUGUCCUCAGCCUUGGCUUCACUCGUUAGUGCACCAAAGGUGUUUCAGGCUCUUUGUAAAGACAACAUCUACAAGGCACUCCACUUCUUUGCUAAAGGGCACGGCAAGAACAACGAGCCUCUCAGAGGAUAUGUUCUGACCUUCAUUAUUGCUGUUGCAUUUAUUCUGAUUGCUGAACUGAACACAAUUGCACCCAUCAUCUCCAACUUUUUCUUGGCUUCAUAUGCCCUCAUCAACUUCUCCUGCUUCCAUGCUUCCUAUGCCAAAUCACCAGGUUGGAGACCGGCUUAUAAGUAUUACAAUAUGUGGGUGUCGCUGUUUGGGGCCAUGCUGUGCUGUGGUGUGAUGUUUGUCAUCAAUUGGUGGGCAGCUUUGAUCACCUAUGCCAUUGAGAUCCUCCUCUAUAUUUAUGUAACAGUCAAGAAGCCAGAUGUGAACUGGGGGUCAUCCUCCCAGGCUAUUACUUUUGUUAAUGCUCUGAAUGACGCACUGGUUUUAACUGCGGUGGACGACCAUGUGAAAAACUUCAGACCGCAGUGUAUCGUGUUGACAGGAGAUCCAAAGACUAGACCGGCUCUGCUUGAUAUUGCCCAUUCAUUCACCAAGAACUAUGGGCUGUGCAUCACCAGCAAAGUGUUUGUUGGGCCACGAAUACAGACGGUGAAAGAAAUGAACAGCUCCAUGGAAAAGAACCAGACCUGGCUGAACAGCAAAAAAAGGAAAGCUUUCUAUGCAGCAGUGGCCUGUGAUAACUUCCGUGAGGGAGUUAGGAGUCUUCUUCAAGCUUCAGGUGUUGGUCGCAUGAGGCCUAACACACUGGUGAUUGGAUUCAAAAAAGACUGGAGAGAUUCCAGACCCAAGGAUAUAGAGAACUAUGUUGGUGUUUUACACGAUUCAUUUGAUUUUGAGUAUGGAGUAGUGAUGGUAAGGAUCAGCCAAGGGUUUGACAUCUCUCAGGUUCUGCAGGUGCAAGAAGAGCUGGAGAGGCUGGAGCUGGAGCGGCAGGCACUUGAGGCUGCCAUUAAAGAGGAGGAAUUUAAAGAGGGGAAGCAUGGAAUCCGUGGCCUGUUCAACAAAGCCAGCAAGUUUAAAAUGUCUAAGCCAGAUUCAAAAGAGACCACCAUGAACUCAGCUCAAUCAAUGCAUGUGGGAGACAUUAACCAAAGGCUUAUGGAGGCAAGCACCCAGUUCAAAAAGAAGCAAGGCAAAGGCACCAUUGAUGUGUGGUGGCUGUUUGAUGAUGGUGGCUUGACAUUGCUGAUCCCUUACAUCCUAACAACAAGAAAGAAGUGGAAAGACUGCAAGAUUAGGGUCUUUAUGGGUGGAAAGGCCAAUCGUAUUGAUGAAGACAAGGCAGCAAUGAUUUCACUCCUGAGCAAAUUCAGAAUACAGUUUGUUGACCUUUAUGUUGUUGGAGACAUCAACACUAAACCAACUAAGGAGAGCUGGAAAUUCUUUGAAGAAAUGAUUGAGCCCUAUUGUCUCCAUGAAUGCUCCAAAGACCCUGCAACAGCUGACAUGCUGAAGAAGGAAAGCCCUUGGAAAAUCAAGGAUGCAGAGCUGGAAAUGUGCAAGGAAAAGAAUUACCGGCAGGUUCGUCUCAAUGAACUGCUCCAGGAGAACUCCAGAGCAGCUAACCUCAUCAUUAUGAGCUUGCCUAUAGCAAGAAAGGGGUCUGUCUCUGAUUACCUGUACAUGGCCUGGCUGGAAAUUCUUACGAAGAACCUGCCUCCCAUCAUGCUGGUCAGAGGCAACCACAAGAGUGUGCUGACAUUCUAUUCUUAACAAAUGCACAACACAUUUAGACACAUUUUUAAUGUUUAAAACAAAAUCUAAUCAGCUGUAAUAAUAAAAAGAAUUCUGACAACAAAGUGAACAACUGGCAUCUACUGCCAUCUAGUGAUAACCCUGUUUUAUGCACUGUAUUGAAAACUAAAUUGUCAAAAAAAAAAAACUGGUGCUGCAAAGAUUAUUAUUAUUUGUUUAUUUAGCAGACACCUUUAUCCAAGGCGACUUACAAAGACUAAGGUAUGUGAACUAUGCAUUAGCUGCAGAGUCUCUUACAACAAUGUCUCACCUGAAAGACAAGGAGCACAAGGAGAGGAAGUGACUUGCUUGGGGUCACACAGUAAAUCAGUGAGGCAGGAUUUGAACCAGGGACCACCUGGUUACAAGCUAUUUUCUUUAACCACUGGACCACACCUUAUACCAACACACAAUUGUAUUGAUCUUCUCUACACUUUUGUAAUUUAUCAUAUUAAAAUUACUGAGGUGAUGUUCCAAACAAACUCUUGAAAUGUAUUACUUGUUCAAAUCCUAUUAUUAUACAUAGAGGCUAACUCCAUAACUGGUGAGCAAAAAAAAUGACUUUGUUCCAUUUGAACUAAUAUUUUCUUCAAGCCUUUUUUUUAUUCCUUGUAAUAUUCCUCCUCUAAACGUGUCCAGACAUAACUUAUAAAAUCAAUGUAUAUCAAAAAUUGUCUUCAAAUAUGCCAAGCCAUGUUGUGCAACUUUUCUUUCAAUAAUAUUUCUGCAGUGUGAUUUUUAAAUACUUUAAAUACU